GAAAUGACGGGUAAAUAGAAGUUCACGGAAGGUAUUUCAUGGACAAUUACACAGAGUAAAGCACAGUACGUCUGUAAGAGCAGGUGGAAGCUAUAUCAAUCAGGAGUCUCUUUGGCAUAUUUUUCUUGGAGAAGAAAACCCAACAGGCCCUGGACCUGGUGACAAGUGACCGCACCCAUCCACCUACUGCCCUGGGACUAUUUACAAAUACAGUUUCCUGCAGUUACACAACUCUUUUUAGGUGUCCCAUUAAAGCACUGGAGAGACACCAGCUUUCUAUGCAAGGAGAGCGAGAACUUUGACUAAACAGGUAGGACCAAGGCUUUUGGAAGCUUCUCAGAAACCCGUCCAUUGUUCAAGGGGAAAGUUACUUGACUACAAAUGCGCCACAGAGCUCUGCCUCAGCCAGUUUAACACCAUGACCAUCUGCAAACACCGGUCAGGAAACUCACUAUCUAGCGAAGUGCGUGCAACCUGGGGAUCUACUUUGUGUUCUCUUGUAUUUUAGGUCAUAAACCAGAAACCUCCUCCUCCUCCUCAUCCUGUGAGAAAUGUCCAACAAUGUACAAGACCCUGCUAUGCCCAUCCAGAUGCAGCCUCAGUGGCACAGUGUAUCUGGGACCCCUCAGGAGUAUUCAGGGCCCCAUCCUAUCGUACCCCCAGGGCUUGAACCGCUUCUGGAGGUGGAUGAAGUAACAUUGGAUGGAAACGUUAUCCAGAGCCCUGGGGGGAGAAUCCUAUAUUCUAUACACGAGGACUGGAAGUGCUGUGGGACCCCGCUAAUACUCAAGUUUGAAGACCCCUGUAGACAGGAAGUUGUACAUGCCCAUUUAUUGCCGGAAAGAGGAGGCUACAGUGUCUACAAGGAGCUGCAGAUAGAAGCUCCGCCUCCUCAUCCAGUUGGCUUUGUUAGACACAAUCAUACAGCUAUUUACGAUGGCCUGAAAUUCUUCAUCCAGGAUGGCCAGAGGAAGCCCUUAUUCAAAUCCGACAUCAGCUUUUCUACCUUUUGCAACAACUCCAUUGAGAUAGGCCUGAUAGGCAGCGCUCAUGUUGUAAGCAGCAUAACGAAGCCUGAAGCAAAGGGUUUCCCAGUUCGUAUACAGUUCCCCAGGGACCUGCAGGCUAAAAUGAAAGCUGUGAUCAUUGUGACCUACCUCUAUAUGAACUACUGGGUUGAUGAGAUUAACAGAGCAGAAUGUGCUGCUGCCGACCCGGAGGGAGGAGGUGGUUGAGGUGGAGUUGGUGGAGGAUGUUAUU